CAUGGCGCCCUCACGCCAAUGCCAAUGGCAAUGGCGCGGCCCUGGAUUCUGAAUCGGAACAGUGGAAGGAGAGGAGGGGCCAGCCACUACCCUGGCAGAAAGCAUGGCAUCCAAAGCAGAUGAAUUUGGGGUUCCAUGCCCGGCUUCUUUCAGCCAGAGACGUGAAGUGCCUGUCGCGUUCCCAACGGGGCUGGUUGUAAUAUCGCGGGGAGAGCCCCAAUUCUGAUGCUUCAGUUUGACAGCUCGAGAUUUGAAGCCGGCUGGCAACAUUGGGCGAUAAUCGGGCCCCAUGUUAGCAGUGACUCGUUGAGGUCGUGUAAAUGGACCCCUCUCUUUCUGAGGAGCUCAGCAGUACAUUUUUUUUUUCCAGUCAUCGAGACAGGGUUAUUGUAAUUCGCACCACAUCUGAUCCAUGUUGAUGAGAAGUGGCCUCUCAAUAAACUUGACAGUUUUUUCCACAAACAUAAGCCUUUGUGGAAGGUAGUCCAAUCAAGCAAUAUCACCGGUAACCCAUACCCGCUGUAAGAGCAAUGGAUUCAGAAUACCUUGUGAGGGCCCGGCUAGGUAUGACGGGGGACAUUGGCGGCCGUCCCCCAGGGCUGGGCCUGCGGUCCUUUUCUGGAAGCCCCAGUAAGACCAGCUAUCUGCUAGAUGGCCUCCCAACAUCGGGCGCGAACAAGCGGCCUCGGCCGGUGGAUGCUGAUGCAGUCACGCUGGACAAUUAUCAUGUGUCCAAGCGCUAUCUAACGGAGAUGAUGGCCUCCAGCUUGAACCUUCUCAAAGUUGGCGACUCCAAAGACGAUGGAACGGACGGCCCCCCGAUGUCUGAGCUUUUAUCCAGCUCGCUUCCCAGCGAGGGGGGGUCGCUUAUGGAGCAGCGUUUCAUGGGCAGCCUGCCCCGUUACAGCUCCGCCGCUCUCUCUGCCGGAGGGGACGAUAUGAUGUCGAACCAGGGCGACUCUGCGAUGAGCGACGACAACGGCGAUACGGAUGACGACAGCAGCCCUGGCAGCUGGCGGCGCAACAACAUGCUGAUGCAGGAGGCGCAGUUCAAGUCCCCUGAGGCUGCCUAUGGCCCAGACGGGACGAGGAGGCGCCCAAACGGAGGGGGGAUCGCAGCGUCCAACCUGGCGACCUCAAGCCUGGCCAGCCCCGUCCCUCCGGCGGUUACCGGCCCUGGCGCAUGGGGCAUCCCAGCUCACACGAGCACCCACCCGUACGCCAUCCCUUCUCGGCACCACGCGCUGCAGCAAAAGGAGGGGGACAGCCGUCUUCCUCCCUCCCCUAGCGACCCCGCCCAGUCUGCAAACCUUCGCCGCGCGGCCCUGCUGCGCUCCCUGCAAAUGCGCGGCCAAGCCCCCUCCACUGCGCACUCCCCAACGCAAGUCCCCUCCGGUCUGGGCCAGUCUGUGUCGAGCGGUUUUAAGCUAGGACCGUCGGCGUUGGCCAUGGGUAACCCGCCCGAGUUUAGGCUUAACCGGGGGGUGGAGUCGGGGGCGAGGGAGGGGGUGGUAGAGGGGAAGCCGGGGUGGGUUCCGGCACCGGGGGGGGGACAGUCGGUCCUAUCGCCAGUGCCGGAAAUGGACCCCCAGGAAGGGGCGAUGAUGGAUGAAACGGGGGGGCAAGAGGGCUUGCAGGACGGGAAGAGGGAAACAGAAAAGGAGACGCGAGAUAUGUCCAGCGAGGCGACGUUCCAGUCCAAUGCUGGUAGGAACGAGGAUUUGAAAGGGGGGUGGAGGCAGCAAACUACUCGGGUAAAGGGCUGGGGGGAAUCGACCGUGAAGAAAGACCUGAACGCUGGGUGGGAGCAGGAUGAGAAGCGGGCGAUCUCGGAUUUCCGGCCUGCGGGAUCGCAGUGGAAUUCGCAAACUGUGCGCAAGUGGGGCGGUGCGGAAAAUGGUAUAGCGGCGCAAAAGCCCGGGUGGAGUCCUCAAGGCGGAACCGGGUCAGCGAGGGGGUUAGCAGACGGGUUUGGAACCACCCCACGACCAGCAAAGGGUCUCUGGGGAACGGCGCCGAAGUCCCCUCCGCUAAGCGGGAUUGUAAAUCAGCAGAAGUCGCCCCAGUGGAAAGCGGGGGCGAGUAACCUAAUGGACGGAAAGGAGGAUCCGCUCAGUCCGGGAGAGCCGAUGAGCCCCGGGUGGGGGCCGACUGAUACAGAGGACUUCCCCCCCCUGACGAGUGGCGGGAAGCAAUGGCAGGGGAGUGCGCAGCAGGGGGAGAGGAAAGUGGUGUGGAAGCCGCGGUUGAAAGCCAACAGUCUGGAGCUGACGAGCUCGCCGGACUACGGAAGCUUCACGGACAGAGGGAGCUGCAUGCAAGUGGCGCGCAGCCGGAGCGCCUCAGUGCCGUCUUCCUCCGGUCUCCACUCCUCCGACCGCCGCCCCCAAGCAGACUCUUCCCUUUCAAAGCUAGGCACGUCGGCCGUAGCAGGGACUCCCACUUUUGGUGGGCGGGAAAAGGUGUCAGAGGAGGCCCCGUCUGGGCCCGAGUCGCAGGCCGCCACAGCCAUGGAGGACGACGCCCAGGACAGGGACGAGCACGACAAGGCCUCUCCCAGAAGCAUCUUCGCCCCCCCAACCUUCAUCCCUCCGCUGAUCGAUCAGCCGAGCAGUGCUGGUAGAACGCGCAAGAGCGCGACCAUGCAAACGAUCCAGCAGCCGGGGGGGAGCUUUGCGUCUACUCCCCGGCCCGGGUUUUACCAGUCGGCGAGCCCCGAGUUCCGGGGGGUCCAGCAAGGCGCCCGGCAGAGCCCCCUGCAAGGUUCCCCGUCCCCGCCCCAGGGCUCCCUAACCGCCGCCUUUAACCGGAGUUUUAGCUGGACGGGGGCGACCACGCCUCCCCCCGAGAGAGGCCUACCGACCGUGUCCCGGGGGUUUGGCACGGGCGUCACGCUCUCGUUCUCCACCCCCCAACGAGAGCAGUCUGCGAAUGCAAGCGUGCCCGCCACCCCCGGCGCGCCGUUGUUUCAUCGGAGGCGGCCCAGCAUCGUAAUUCAAAACAGUGCAAAGGACGACCCGCCGCCGCAGGACUCGGAAAACAUGGAAGGCACGUGACCAGGCAGUUUCGUAAGGAGUCAUGUGUGUUAGAACGACGCCCAUUUAGAAGCUGCUCAAAUUGAACUAAGUGGAGUCCUAGUAUACCUUACCUCACCUCGCUGUACAGCUUUCACUGCUUUGACCCGAUUCUUCUGGGACUUGGUGACCGACGUGUGUGUGGUUGGAGCGCUUAUCAGGGUUGUCGAUGGGAGACGUGUCCUUUAAAACUGGCAAAGGUGGUAGCAAGGUCGUCUGGAGAACACCGACACAUUCUUAGAAUAACAAAAGGAGCGCCCGGGGCAGGACGGGCAAGCUGCUUAGUUGCAGCCUGCGCUAACUUGAAGCAUUUGGGAAACUGUUUUGUAACAUAGACUGUACACUAACUGCCAGGAUAAGCAUUUUCUCAAGUGAGCCUUCAGCCAUGAAGUUGCAGCCUUGAUCACAUGAAGCCAUCAAU